UAGUCCACCAGGAGCCGCGGCUGGAGGGCGGUAAGAGCUCGGCUCGGGCCCGGGGCUUGGAGCUGCGGCCUGACCCCCAGCUCCUCCACACAAUCUCCCAUCCCCUAACCUGGGUGGUAUGACUGGAUAUGGCUGAAGGCGAUUGAACUGGGAGAAAUUCUGUGAAAUUAGCUUUGCCCAGUUCUGGAAGAACGGAUAAUCUCAGGAGUGAUUGUAUGCUGCUGGCAGGUGGUGGACUUCAGUUCUCCCAUGGCUUAUCAAAUGUGCUAGUAACUCUGGUUUGGCAAACAAGUGUAAGAAUAAGCCUAAAUAAAAACCGAAAGAACUGUGGAUGCAGUAAGAAUAAGCAUUUUCUGUGACCUGUAGGUGACUAUCUCUCUCUUCACUGACUAUAAAAGUGGAAAGGCUGAACAUGGCUCCUCGGGAUAUAAUGACCAACUCACAUGCCAAGUCCAUUCUUAACACGAUGAACUCUCUGAGGAAGAGUAACACCCUGUGCGAUGUCACUUUGCGAGUUGAUAGCAAGGACUUUCCUGCUCAUCGUAUUGUGUUGGCCGCUUGCAGUGACUACUUCUGUGCCAUGUUUACCAGUGAGCUUUCAGAGAAAGGUAAAUCUGACAUUGAUAUCCAGGGUCUCACUGCUUCCACUAUGGAGAUCCUGUUGGAUUUUGUAUAUACUGAAACGGUCCAUGUCACAGUGGAAAAUGUUCAGGAAUUGCUUCCAGCAGCCUGUCUCCUGCAACUGAAAGGUGUGAAGCAGGCUUGCUGUGAAUUUUUGGAGAGCCAGUUAGACCCAUCCAACUGUCUGGGAAUCCAGGAAUUUGCAGAGACACACAGCUGUGUGGAUCUGAUGCAAGCAGCAGAGGUUUUCAGCCAGAAGAACUUUCCAGAAGUUGUCCAACAUGAGGAAUUCAUGCUGCUGAACAAGGGGGAAGUGGAAAAACUUAUUCGGUGUGAUGAAAUUCAGGUGGAUUCAGAAGAACCAGUGUUUGAAGCAGUAUUAAACUGGGUAAAACAUUCCAAGAAAGAACGAGAGGAAUUCCUACCGGAUCUGCUGCAAUAUGUCCGAAUGCCAUUGCUCACUCCGAGAUACAUUACAGAUGUAAUUGAUGCUGAGCCCCUGAUUCGGUAUAGUCUUCAGUGCCGAGAUCUGGUGGAUGAAGCCAAGAAAUUUCACCUGAGACCGGAAAUCCGCACACAGAUGCAGAGUCCCAGGACUAGACCAAGAUUGGGAGCCAAUGAGGUAUUGUUAGUGAUUGGAGGGUUCGGAAGUCAACAGUCUCCAAUUGACAUUGUGGAGAAGUACAAUCCCAAGUCUCAGGAGUGGAGCUUCCUACCUAGCAUCACUCGGAAACGGAGGUACGUGGCCACAGUCUCAUUGAAUGAUCGUAUUUAUGUAAUUGGAGGCUAUGAUGGUCGUUCCAGACUCAGCUCAGUAGAAUGCCUGGACUACACAUCUGAUGAAGAUGGUGUCUGGUACUCAGUAGCCCCGAUGAAUGUGCGCCGAGGCCUGGCUGGAGCGACAACACUUGGAGAUAUGAUCUAUGUGGCUGGUGGAUUUGAUGGCAGCAGACGUCACACGAGUAUGGAGCGAUAUGACCCAAAUAUUGACCAGUGGAGUAUGCUGGGUGAUAUGCAGACUGCACGAGAGGGAGCUGGUCUUGUUGUGGCCAAUGGAGUCAUCUACUGUCUUGGCGGCUACGAUGGGAUCAAUAUUUUAAGCUCUGUGGAGAGGUACGACCCACAUACGGGACACUGGACACAUGUCACACCAAUGGCUACCAAGCGAUCAGGUGCUGGGGUGGCUUUGCUGAAUGAUCAUAUUUAUGUGGUCGGAGGCUUUGAUGGAACUGCCCACCUUGCCUCAGUAGAAGGUUAUAACAUUCGCACAGAUUCUUGGGUAACAAUAACGAACAUGACAACACCUCGAUGCUACGUGGGAGCAGCUGUACUACGCGGGAGGUUAUAUGCUAUCGCUGGAUACGAUGGGAAUUCGUUGCUGAGCAGUAUAGAGUGUUAUGACCCCAUCGUCGACAGCUGGGAUGUGGUAACUUCAAUGGGAACCCAACGCUGUGAUGCUGGAGUGUGUGUGCUGCGUGAGAAAUGAGAAACAGACAGCGAGAGUGGAAUGGAAUCUCAAAUGAAAAGUGUGUUUCAGCAUUCCUUCAUUCAUGCCUUCAGCUGUGAUGUUUGUCUUUUUUUUUUCUUGGAGUGCAAUAUUUGGAGCUAAACGUAAAACUUUUAGAAAAUGAGCAACGAUUUGCACAAAAACAGUUGAAGCUGUGCAGCUAAGAACCUGGAUUAAGUGAAGUAUACAGUUCAGAAACUUAGAGACAAUAGAUUCAUGUAAGAAUUUCUGUUUUGGUUUGCAUUUCAUGUCAGUGUGGACUGGAAUGAGCUGUUUAUACACAUGGAGAGCAGCUGACUGCUAGACCACACCUCAUCCUGUUACUAGCUAACCUGAACUUUGAAGGAUUUUAACAUUAAGCAUUUUGAUAUGUGUUCAUUGCAUGUCUUGGCAACAGUGCACUGAACACCAGAACUCAAUGUACUGCAGUCAUUUCAGCACCUCAGCUUUCUCCAUAAUCGGUGAAAAAAACAGUAGCAGUCUAAAAUGCAAAAUGCCAGCCAAGACUGCCAGAGCCAGAUUCAAAUGUAGCAUCAGCACUGACUUGGAAGCAUUAUUUUUACUGUGGUACUGACUGAGCUAUGGUGAGAACUGUCCACUAUGAAUCUUUCCAGUACUGAGUGACAGCAUUUUAUUUAAAAGUGACUUUCUACAGUUAUGUACUGAAAGUGAACUAAUAAACCCUCUCCUGUAAGUCACAAGUUCAAUAAAUACCCUUACACAGGUUAUCCUUACAGAGCUUAUAUCAGAGAAAGACUAGUUGAUAUUGGAAGACUUGAAUAUUAAAAGUUACAUUUUUAAAGAAGUUUUCU